GCCUACUUCACUGUCUCCAAGCUCCUCGUCUCAAUCCUCGCCUCUUAAACCACGAAUUACCGCUCGUUAAAGCAAUCAAUUGCAAUACAACCGCCAUCAUGAAGAUUGCUACCGUCACCAGCGCCCUCACCUUCGCUCUCUCCGUCGUCGCCGCACCCAGCGCCACCACCUCCACAACCAAACGUGGCGGCAAGGCCAGCUGCCCCGUCAACGCCGCCCAGCCCGAUGGCAGCCUUGGUAAAUCCUACGUCUCGACCAGCCUUCUAGUCCCCAUCUCCAAGAACCUGCCCAAUUAUGCCUUCCCUGCGACGCAAUGGGCGCAGGUGACACCUAAGGACAUUUGCACAGUCUUCAACCUCGAUCUACCCGUUGCCCAGACCCAAGGCAAGGUGUGCAACCUCGUCUUCGACUUCCCUUCAUGGGAGCAGGCACCUGGGAAGUUCAUUUUCCUCGGACAAGGUACCUUUAAGUUCACCGGGUAUGCCAUUGGCGUCGGAGCCGUCGCUGGACAGACCACAUAUAAUAAGCAGCCUGCUCCCGGCCCUAGCCCGCCUAACCCCCCGCCCACGAUGACACCCGGCCAUAGCUAUAUUGUCAAUAGUGCCCCAUGCGGCAUUCCAGCUGAGGUUCCGGGAAGUGUGACUGUAUCAGGAAGUCUCUGCUCGCCGGACACCACCUUCAUGUUCCAGCAGAGCAAAGAUGGUUGCCCAGUUGGAUUCUUCGUCGUCUUGACAGAUGCGUGAGCAGGUGAAUCGCGGUCUGAUAUCCCUGGAAUUCCC